AUGGCGGGGCAAUGUACCGAGGACGCUGGCAUACCAUCGCUCAGUUGGGGGCGAAAUAUGCAGGCACGAAAAGGGCUCCAUGCGCUGGCCCAGAACCAGGCAGCCUUGCUGCUGGCCCGGUUUAUGACAUACAACGUCGGUGGUCUUGCGACGGAUGCCUACGAUGUCUUUAUGGCUGCCAUGCUGCAGACCCCCGAGGAGGUUCGCCCGCAUAUCGUCUGCCUUCAGGAGACCCAUUGGAAACAUAGUUCGGAGUACUCCACGCCAGGUUGGCAUGUCAUUACCUCGAGCUGUCCUUCCGAGUUUAGGUCAGGCGGGCUGAUGGUCAUGAUCUCACAUGUCCUCUUACCUGCUGCCCAAGCACACCGCCUUGCCUACAUGGAGAUAUUAGUGGGAAGGUUGUUGCACGUCAGGAUUCACCUUGGAGAAACGGCCGUGGACGUUGUUAACACCUACCAGAGCGUCUCCACUGGUCCUAAGCCGGUGCAACACUAUGAGGCUAAGAGGGCUCAGAUGUGGCGUCAUCUCCGGGUUGUUCUUGAUCGCCUCCCUAGGCGUAAUCCCCUGAUCCUGGCAGGUGAUAUGAACACACAAUGCUCUGCAAUGCAGGGGCAGGUGGGGAAUGUUCAGGCCCAUGUUACCAGACCUCUCGAUGACGAUGCAGAUAUGCUCAUGGAUUUGAUCCGUGACUUUGAUCUCUGCUUACUGAACAGCUGGGUCAGGAUGCUGAUGCAAGAGCCAGAUGUGCACACACGUCAAGCCUGGACUUCUUUCCAUGGCGUGAGGGGGGCAAGCAUUACCCCGUCCUGGCUGAUCUUCGCCCUGUCCGGAGAUGCCAUCAGCCUCCAAUUCCGCCGGGGCCUGCGUGGGAUCAGAAGGCCAGCGUGGUGUCAAAAGGAGGGUGCCCUGUCCAUCAAGGCUAUGUGGAAAUGCUACCAUGCAUUUCGUCGACCGCGUGUGGUUACUUUGAAAUCCAUUCUUCAGGUCUGGCAGGCACAGGCCCGCUUUCAUGCAUCUCAUCGAGACAUGAGAAACACUGGGCGCCGACUCCGCAAGGCUUGGCGCCUGACCAAGCUGCAGGAAGCGGAAGAAGCAUCGCAAAAAGGCCGGAUGCAUGAUCUGUAUGCGGUCGUUCGGCAGCUGGCCCCCAAACAGGUCCGUAGGAAAGUCCGUCUGAGAGGUGAGGAUGGCGCCUUGCUGGAUCAUCAUGGAGAAAUGCAACUCCUGCAGGACCACUGCUGCACUCUUUUCUCGUCGGCCACAGCUGAUGGGCAGGAAUAUGAUCUUACGGGCCUUGCAAAACAUGUGACGGAGGAAUCCCUGCUGGCCAACAUGAAACGCCUCCCUCUGCGCAAGGUUGCGCCCCCAGGGCAUGUCCCAGCCGUGGCAUGGAAGAUGACAGGCAGAUUGGGCUGUCAGGCGAUUGAAGCCCUUGUACAUCAGCUGACCUCCGUGGUUCCCAAGCCUUGGAAGGACGCGUGGCUGGCCUUCAUACCAAAGAUUGCCACACCCAAAGUCCCAAGAGACCUACGGCCCAUCGGUCUCCAGGCCAUUAAUCGUGCUCUUUGUCACUGCGAUUUCGUGCGCAGCUCCCUUCAAGGUGGUAAGCUGUCCCUGUAUGAUCGCCGCAAGGGCUGUGUUCCAGCUCGCUCCGUCCUUGGAGGCAUCCAAGUGAGUGUGGACAUGUCCCAGGCCUUUGACAGGCUGGAUCGCACGCUCCUUCAAGCUGCUAUGUGUGAUGCACAUAUCCCGUCUGAACUCCAGGCGGCCAUAAUGGCGUGGCAUCAGGAUAUGGAGUAUCACUUGAGGCAUGCUGACUUGCAGGGCUCGGUUGACAGUACGGUUGGAGUUAGGCAAGGGUGCAAAAUUGCUCCCAUUUUAUGGGUCCUUUACACCUGCUACUUCUUUCGUACGGCUAGUGAUUUUCUGCCACAGGAAUGGCUUCAGUCCUCUUGUACCUUCUUUGCGGAUGAUCUGCACUUCUGUGAUGUGAUUGCACAGGCGGCUGACUUGGAUUCUUUCUUGCAAAAGGCUGGGAAACUAUUUCUGCACUUGCAAAAAUUCAACAUGCUGAUUAAUUACAAGAAGUCUGCAGUUCUCAUGCAUCUCAAAGGGGCGUGUACCAAAAGAUGGCGAAAACAUCAUGUCUUUCACCGUGAAGGAGGCAGCUUCUUGCGUAUCCGAGUGGGUGAAACCAUUGCUUUUCUGCCCAUCAAAACUACACAUAAGUACUUGGGGAUUAUUUUGUCCUAUCAGGCCUAUGAAAAAGCCACGGUUCUGCAUCGGUUGGAGCAAAGCAAAGCUGCUUACCACCGCCUCAGGCCUGUCUUGACAUCCAAGAGUACCUUGAAUCAGCAAGAGCGCUUGAGAGUAUGGCAGGUCUGUGUGCUGUCGUGUCUGCGUUAUGGACUUGACUCCAUUCCCUUGCGGCAAGGCCUGCUUAAGCUCAUCCAAGUUCAAUGUGCCAGACAAAUCCGGGCUAUUACUCGCUCGCCAGUCCACCUGAGUAAAGAGUCCACUGCGAGGCUGUACGAUCGGCUGCGUAUUCCCACUGAGCUGACCCAUCUUCGUGGCAUCCAGGCUAAACAGCUGCCUGAGGCUCAGUACCGGCAGGUUCAGCGUGGGUCGUUCUGUCUGGAACAGAUGGACUGGCUCCUGAAAGUGACUGCUGCCUAUGAGCAGCUGCAGGAGCCCCUUCCUCCAAAUGCGAGCACUGUGCCUGAUUCAGCGUCCGCCUCCACUGCAGCACUCAUUCCGCUACCGCUGGCUGUGCGAGGACAGGCGUGUCCAGUAUGCGGCCUCUACUUCAAGGAUGUGACGGGUGUAAAAAUCCACAUGACCAGGAAACACCCAGCUUCUCAAGUGGUGACCAGGCCGUUGUAUGAGCAGAGUCGCUGUGGCGUAGAUGGCAUGCCAACUUGUGCUGCGUGUCGUCGGCCCUUCUCCUCGUGGGGUGCCCUGAAGCAGCAUGUGCUUGGUGGCCACUGCAGGCUGCCCUUACUUGAGCAAACUCCAUCGGACAAUCUGCCGCUUCGACAACAUCCGCUGGUGAUAGCCACAGUGCGAGCCCAAGGGUGGCAAGGCUUGCUCGAUCUUCGUCUUGUCAGGGAACGUGUGCUGCACUUCUGCCCGUUGUGCAACCAGUGGUGCGUGAAUGCCAGUGGGGUCAAGGAGAUGGAAGCCUUCUUUGGCAGCUUCCGACAGGGGACUGCGCCGAUGGAGGACUCCGAGAAUCCCUUCAAACGACGCCGCGAGACGGAGGAGGAGGAGUCGAGGGCAUGGAGCUCCCAGAAACCCAAGGGCAAAGGCAAGGGCAAAGGGCGUGGGAAGAAUGGUGGCAGACGAGAGCAGGCCAAGGACAGAUGGACGCUUCCGGAGGACAAUUCCUGGAGGGGACACUACGAGAAGGACCUCAUGACGCAGAUGGCACGACUGAUCCUGAGGCACGAGGAUCAACUGAGUCUUCAACGUCAAGAUUCUGUCCUUCACCUGUGGCUGCGGAACACUGGGGAAGAGUCCAUCGUGGGGAUGCUGUGGGAGGUGUCCAAAAAGUGGAAGAAGAUGAGAGACACCACGCCAGCUCAGCUCCAGGCGUCGUUGAGGGCUACGAUGAUGGCUGGCAUGCUGAAAGCCCUGAAGGACCGACUCCACCAGGUAUCCACGGACGAGAAGAUGCUGGAGAAUGCGAAAAAGGUUCAACUCCUGGAUGCGCAGGGACACUGGGUAUACCAAGUCUGGGAUCACGAGCUGGAGAAGCUUCAGGUGGAUGCCAGUCGCACACCCUUGAAAACAGAGGAGAUCCACCAGCUGCUUGCGGUCUGCGAGAAGGCCAACGAGAGUCCCGUGCUGUAUCGCUUCCAUGCGAAGGCCGAAUACAGCUUCUCGGAGUUCGUGCACUUCGAGAUAGAAGUGGGUCACCGGGGUCAGGAGGCGGCGGACCUGUAUCGGAGCCUGAAGGUGUUGUGCCAGUGCUCGGUCUUGCAGAUCAUAGGUGCUCGUCUUCGCAAAGACAAACCGGGACGGUCUGCCACGGCACAGAGGAUCCAGGACUAUCUGCGCUGA